UCCUGCAUUGGACCGAGACACCAUCCCCGUACCUUAAACUUUAUUUAUCAAUUAUUUUUGAAUGACAAUAGAAAAUAAAAAUUGAUUAUCAAACAACACAAAAAAGUAAUUAUUAUUGUAAUGAUUUUGGGUUAUAUCUGCAAAUCGCAAAGUUUAGGCCCAAUUUGGUGACCCAACUAGUUUCUGAUUAUUAUUAUUAGGGUUUUAUCAGAAAAAAACACAGUCGACACGGAGGGAAGAAGAGGAAGAAAUCAAGUUCCAGCAACCACACAAGAUGGGUAUUUCUAGGAGUUCAUUGGUCAAGAGACGUGCAACUGGUGGCAAGCAGAAGCUCUGGAGAAAGAAGCGAAAGUACGAGCUUGGUCGCCAGCCAGCAAACACUAAGCUGUCAAGCAACAAGACAGUUAGGAGGAUACGUGUUAGAGGUGGCAAUGUGAAAUGGAGAGCUCUUAGAUUAGACACUGGAAAUUUUAGCUGGGGUAGUGAGGCAGUAACUCGCAAGACUCGUCUUCUUGAUGUGGUUUACAAUUCCUCAAAUAAUGAGCUUGUUAGAACUCAAACUCUGGUUAAGAGUGCUAUUGUCCAAGUUGAUGCUGCACCAUUCAAGCAGUGGUAUCUUCAGCAUUAUGGUGUUGAAAUUGGUCGAAAAAAGAAAACAGCAUCCAAGAAGGAUUCUGCUGAGGAGGCUGAAGUUGUUGCUGAAGAAGUCAAGAAAAGUGAUCACGUGCAGAGAAAACUUGAGCAGCGUCAGAAAGAUAGACAACUCGAUCCCCACAUUGAAGAGCAGUUUGGUGGCGGCCGUUUGCUAGCCUGUAUUUCAUCUCGCCCAGGUCAAUGUGGCCGAUCUGAUGGGUACAUUCUUGAAGGUAAGGAGUUGGAAUUUUACAUGAAGAAAUUACAGAAGAAGAAAGGAAAGGGUGCUACUGCUUAAUCUUAUAUAUGGACUUAGUAAUUUUUUUUUUCUCAUAGUUAUUGGUAUUUGGUAUUUAAUUUUGUUGAGAUAGAACCUUUUGGCCAAUCAUUAAAAUUUUGUUUUUAAAAUUAUUAAUAUUACUGAUAUUCUACUACAGCAGUUUGAUAUUUGUCAACUGGAUUACUUUA